CCACGAUUUAGUCGGAUUUCGAUCAAAGAAUAGCCGAUUUCCCAUUUCAAAAACCCACUUCCCCUGCCCGACAUCUAUUAACUUGCCGCUUUGAACUCAGCAUUGCCCAGCAUGUGUCUCUAUUGAUGUCAGAGUAAACCUAGCAGUUGCCUUCUCGCUUGAAGAUUCGACCCCUGAGUUCAGAAGCUUCGAGUCACCGCCACUUGUUUCUGACUCCUCACCGCUGCCUGAAGUGCAAAUUUCCCAAGCCACCAUAGGCCAUUCGCAUUUGCUGCAAAGGCUUGGUAUCAAUUCGCUGUUCCGUGUUAUUCGGUAGGGUGUGAGAGCACCUAAGCUUGCGCUUUGCUGCCUUACUCAUCUCUUGCAUCGAACCUCAAACCAACUUUGACCAAUUACUCCAAGUCCUCUUAUCGACACAUCAUGAAUAGACGUUGCUUCUUCAGAUCUAAAGGGCCAGACACCGACGAUCAUUCACCAAAAUUCACAACUCCAUGUUACGAAUUCACAACCGUCCUACCACACAGCCUCGUCAGCAAGCCCUCUGCAUAUUACUGGACGCCACGGCCCGGCCCAGAAACCCCUAAGAAGCGGCCCGUCAUCAGACCCACCUGGGGCAUCUACUCGUGAAUGCCACAAUUCCCGUCAGUCUUCGAGUCUGCCUCGCUUAUAAUGACUCAGGUCUAACCCGUGUGUCGGGUUAUUUUCUCACGAUAAGCACCCACCGUUUCGUUCCCAGGCAUCUGGUUACCUAAAGAGGAUGUUACGAGUCCAUUACAUCCCACGCAUCCUUUUUUUCUCUCAAAGCGAUGAUGACGAAACAUACCGUGCUAUAAAUAGCGCAUGACAGAUCCUGACUCCCGAUCUUACAAAAGAAUCUCAAAGAGGGAAAUCGAAGUCGCGUUCCACACGUGGACGACCAAACCAUGGGGU